AUGACACACCCCACCACCUGUAUGUUUCCUGCCAUCAAUCUUCGGAUGAAGAGCUCAACUUCGCGAUUGCCCAGAGGCGCCGUGGACCAGGAGCUUGUCAGGGAUCAGCUUAACGUAAUGGCUAAGCAAGAUUUGAGGCAAUGUACUCGGCUCUGUGCUAACUUUGCUUGCCUCGUGCGAGACAGAGAGCAAGCUUUGGAUAUGGAAGUAGCCCGGAAGCGAAUGAUCGAUUGGCAGUUUCGGGUGGUGGAUCACUAUGAGAUACCUCGCGAUGCUGUCGCCGCCUCCACCGCCCUCUUGGAUCGUUAUGUCAGCAGUUGCCACCGACAAUGGCUUGAGUGCGACAAGAGCACGUUCAAGCUUGCCGCCAUGACUACCCUCUACAUGGCAACCAAGGUACAAGAUCAGACUCGACUGCUCAGUGUCGCCAAGUUGGUAGAGUUGAGCCGUGGAGAGUUUCAAGAAGUCGACAUUUUGAGGAUGGAAUCAAGAGUUCUUGUGCAGCUUGGUUGGAGAGUGCACCCCGUGACUGUCCAUUCCUUCAUCCAUUCUUUCCUCAGGUUUGUAAGGAAUGAUAAUGCUCUCAUCAUGGCUGCUCUUUAUGAUCGAGCCGUUUUCUUUGCAGAGCUCUGCCUCUUUGAUCAACGGUACGCAACGAGCAGUCGGGCCUUUCUGGCUGCUGCAGCUGUCCUCAAUGCCCUGGAAGGGAUUGGGGAGUCUGAAGCCUGUGAACAGGCCUUCUUGGAUGCUCUAGAAGCUCAGACGGACAUUGACUUCAGGCCGUUUCCAAGUCUGGAACAGGUCAGAGAAGAUCUCUGGUACAUUUACAGCUUGAGUGCACAAUACCAUGAAGACGAUCAGAGUUUGUCUGCCGUUUCACCCGCGCCUUCCAUGACAUGCGACGCGAGCAGAGACUCCGAAACGAAGGCUGUGAUUCACCAUCACCACACGCACAGCCCAACAUCGGUGCAUCCUUGGGCAGGGAUAGGGAAAUUUGCAUGA